ACGCCUGAUUAAAUUAUUAGUUAAUUUAGCGGAGGUUUCGUUCGAGCGCUGUCCAGAAUGGUCGAUUUUUCUCCUCUGAAAGCUGUUCUUUCCGGGCGUGUCAUUGUUCGAUCAGAAAAUGCGAAAGAUUAUCAACGGGAGAUUGAUGAAACAUGGAAUGCCGCUAUUCGAACGCGCAAACCGAGUGCGUUUGUCCGGGUAGCGACUGUGGAAGAUGUCGUGAACACUGUCAAGUUUUGUGUAAAAAACGAGUUGGACAUGUGUGUUUGUGCUGCAAAGAACAGUGAUUUCGCGAUGGCUGAUGAUGCUGUGGUUAUUAAUCUUUCUGACAUGAACAGUGUAACAGUGGAUGUGGAAAAGAAGGUUGUUGUGGUGGGUGCUGGUGCAAAAUUGAGUGAUAUUGACAAGGAAACAGUACGUCAUUCACUGGCAACACCCCUGGGUAGUUAUUCUCAACUGGGUGUGGCAGGGUACACUUUGCUUGGGGGAACAGGUUUCCUGAGCAGAUCCUUUGGCUGUACAGCAGAUAAUUGUUUAGAGUUUGAACUGGUCACGUCCUCUGGAGAUGUUAUAAGAGCAAGUGAGAAUGAAGAUCCAGAACUAUUUUGGGGAAUGAAAGGUUGUGGAUUCAAUUUUGGGGUCGUUACGUCCUUGAAAUAUCAACUUCAUGACAUUCCAGAGUUUGUCAUCGGAGGAGAUCUUUAUUAUCCCAUGUCUAAAGCAGCAAGCGCUUUCAAGAUUAUCAGAGACUUUGUACGCGAGAAGGAAGAUAAUCGGCUGGCUGUGUAUAUGAUGUUGCAUUUCAAGCGAAGCGGACCGCAAGCUCUCUGUCGCUUCUUGUUCAUUGGUUCCCCUAAGGAGGGAGGGGCUCUACUGAUGGAGCUGACAGACUUAACAAAACCGUUAGUGAACAAAGUGAAGCCUUUACCAUUGGACGAAUUCCAGAAGAGUGGGGACUGGAUGGUGCAGAGAGGAAUCACCUACUACGCACCUAUGGGCAAUUUUGUCGAAGAACUCACCGAUGACGGCAUUGAUAUCAUCUUUGAUGGGGUCAACCAAGCGCCUGAUUCACGCAUUAUCACAGGCAGUAACAUCUACAUAACAAGCCUUGGAGGGAAAAUCAAGGAAAUACCGGCUGAAAGAAGCCCAUACCCCUUCAGACAAGCAGAAUACUGGAUUGGAAUUGUAGCUGGGACACCUGACUCCAACUUCUAUGAAGAUGUGAAAACCUGGGUGGACAGUAUGGACAAUCGACUAUCCAAAUAUGGUAUCUUCCCAUAUGGCCCUGAGGCGGAAGAAGAACAUGAAAGAAUCAGGGCGUUGAAAGUCAAAUACGAUCCCGAAAACGUCUUCCAUCACAACUUAAAUAUCGAUCCAAAAAAAGGGAUUCAAAAGGAUUAACUGUAGCACAGCCCUUUUUUGUUUCCGC